UCACAUCCCUCUUCCAUAUAUUUCAUUUUGUAUAAACAGGUGAAAAUGGCUCCAAGGGCUUUCCUUCUUCCUACUCUAGCUUUUGCUGUUGUCCUUCUCAUUACCUCUGAAGUGGCUGCAGCUACGGAAUUGGCUGAAAACACUGACAGUGAGUAUAAGGCCGGUGGACAUGGAGAACACAUCAUAGGCCGUGGAAUUGGAAGUCAUGACAAACCUGGGACGUUACCUUCUUCGGCGACUUCAACUUCUUCAAAGAAGCUCCUGAAAAUCGCUAAUUUUAUUGCCCGGUCCCUUGUUCAAGAAACUUAG